AUGGCCAAAGACAAAAAGGGAAAGGGUGAUGACAAAAAGGCCAAACUAGCCGCGAAAAAGGCAAAGCAGGCCAACAAGGCCGAGAAGAAGGCCAAGGCCAAGGCCUCCAAGGUCGAGGGCAGCGACGCCGAGGACGUCGACCUCGACGAGGUCCUCGAGGAAUACAGGAAGCAGCAGGAGCUCUUCCUCAAGGUCACCGAGACGGUCUGCGAUGGGCCCCCCAAGGCCCGCGCCGCCUCGUGCUUCAUCGCGUCGCCCUGUGACCGCAACAACCUGCUGCUCUUUGGUGGCGAGUACUUCAACGGCGCCCUGGCCCAGUUCUUCAACGACCUGCACAUUUACUACGUCGACCGCGACGAGUGGCGCCUCGUCACCUCGCCCAACGCCCCGCUGCCGAGGUCUGGCCACGCCUGGACGCGCGCCGGCAACCCCAACCACAUCUACCUCUUUGGCGGCGAGUUCUCGUCGCCCAAGCAGGGCACCUUUCAUCACUACUCGGACUUUUGGCGCCUCGAGCCCAGCACGAGGGAGUGGACCAAGAUUGAGUGCAAGGGCAAGACGCCGCCGGCCCGGAGCGGCCACCGCAUGACGUACUGGAAGCACUACAUCAUCCUCUUUGGCGGCUUCCAGGACACGUCGAACCAGACCAAGUACCUCGCCGACCUGUGGAUCUUUGACACGCAGAACUUCUCGUGGCACACGCCGACGCUGCCGCCGGCCCAGCUCAAGCCCGACGCCCGCUCCUCCUUCACGCUGCUGCCGCACGAAAAGGGCGCCGUGCUCUACGGCGGCUACUCGCGCGUCAAGGCCACCGUCGCCGCCAACAAGCAGGCCAAGGGCGCCUCGCAGGGCCAGAAGAACGUUCUCCGCCCGCUGAUCCACGACGACUGCUUCUUCCUGCGCAUGGCCCCCGCCCCCGAGGGGAGCCCGCCGACGGCGCCGCCCGUCAUCCGCUGGGAGCGGCGCAAGAAGCCGGCCAACGCCCCUGCGCCCAAGCGCGCCGGCGCCACCAUGACCUACCACAAGGGCCGCGGCAUCCUCUUCGGCGGCGUGCACGACGUCGAGGAGAGCGAGGACGGCAUGGACAGCGAGUUCUUCCGCGAGCUGUUCGCGUGGAACGUCGAGCGCAACCGCUUCUUCCCCAUGGCGCUGCGCAAGCCGCGCCAGCAGCAGGGCAAAAAGGUCGCGGGCGCCGACCAGCGCGGCGCCGGCCGCCGUGCCCGCGCCCAGGACAGGGAGGACGAGCUGUUGAAGCAGCUGGCGGCGCUUGAGACGGGCGCCUCGCUCGAGGACGCCGACGACAUGGACCUCGACCGCAAGGCCGACGAGCCCGAGGCCGACGAGACGCCGUUGCGGAAGAUGCCGGUCAGCAUGGAGCUGCCGCACCCGCGGUUCAACGCGCAAAUGGCCGUGCAGGAUGACGUGCUGUACAUUUACGGCGGCACCUUUGAGCAAAAGGACCGAGAGUUUACGUUUGAUGACUUGUACGCCGUCGACCUCGGCAAGAUGGACGGCUGCAAGGAGAUCUUCAACAGGCCCGCAGAAGACUGGUUUGACUCGGAGGAUGAAGAUGACGAUGAUGACGAAGACGACGAGGAGGACUCGGAGGAAGACGACGAAGACGACGACAUGGCUGAUGACGAGCCGGCCAAGAACAUGCACACGCCCAGCAAGCGCAAGAAGAAGCAGGAAGACGAGGUCUCAGUUGGCGGCUCUGAGACGACGGCGGCCACCUCAGUGCCAGACGACGACGACACGGAGGCCACGGCUUCGGUUGACGACGGCCUUCCUCAUCCCAGGCCCUUCGAAACGAGACGCGAGUUCUUCGUGCGGACGUCCAACGAGUGGCAGGAGGUCCUCAUGACGCAGCUUCGGUGGAAGAACAUUCAGCCCGAGUCGUACCCCAUCAAGGAGCUCAAGGCCAAGGCGUUCGAGCUCAGCGAGGAAAAGUGGUGGGAUUGCCGUGAGGAGAUCAACGCGCUGGAGGAGGAGCAGGAGGCGGCGGGCAUCACCGAGGUCGUGUCGCUGGCCGAGAGGGGCGAUGCUGCUGCGGGCGGCGCCAGGAGGAGGUAG